AUGUCACAAAGCCGCGGGGCUUAUAGCCAGCUUCGUAACGAGUCGCUCAAACCAUCGGAAGAUGUCCACCCACGACUGUUGUCAACACAAGCAUGGCUGAUGCAUGGAACGCUUCUCACCUUCGCCAUAAUCCUCUUGGUAUCUAGUCUCGUCAUUGUCUCCUCUUCAAAAUCAUGUGCCGAGAUGGCUUGGUCGCCGGUGAUUGACGCAGUGGAGGUCACAUCAACCCGAUACAAUGUCACAUUCCGCGUUCCGAGCAAAUACCCAUCGCGGUUCAUCGGGUCUCCAGGAGUGGACGCAGUGGAUGCCGAAUGGGAGCAGUUUACCAAAAAUCCGAGUCAAGCCUUUCUCGAUGGCCGUCUAGGAACGCUCGCCGUCAACCGCGCUACAGUCGCAAAUUUACCUCUAGCAUCCGAUCCCGAAUGGAUUAACUCAAUUGUUCGAAUCUCACAUGGAGACGAGACAAGAUAUAUGGCUACUUUGGAGAUGUUUCACCACAUCCACUGUUUGAACAUGUUACGAAAAGCUUCGUAUCCGGACUACUUCGGGGAAGACAAGAUGGAAGCUCAGAUGAUGCGAGGACAUUUAGAUCACUGCGCAGAAACAUUACGAGAAGUUCUCAUGUGCAAUUCGGGAGUCGGCUUGAUCAUGUUUCACUGGGUGGAGGGCCUUGACGAGCCUUAUCCCGACUACAACACAUUUCAUCAGUGCCGGGACUACGAUGCUGUCCUGAACUGGGCACUCGAUAAUUCUGUGCCGAUAGAGUUUCCCUUAACGAGGAAAUCGGAGGACUAUGCCAUGAAGAAGCCACCCUUCUAA